UUCAACGUAACGACUUGGACAUUUUUAAAAGUGAAGCAGGUUGAGUUUUUUAGGUAGCUGGAAAAGAAUCUAGCAGCAAUGGCUUUAUUGAUGCGUUUGUGGCGGCGCAGCCAUUCAACCAAACUUAAGGAUCAUCAGGCGGCACUGAUGGCGCGCAGUUUACCUAAGCGGGAAGCACUGCCCGGCGUUAACAACAUAAUUGUGAUAGCAUCUGGAAAGGGCGGUGUAGGCAAAAGCACUGUGGCAGCAAAUUUCGCUUGCAGUUUGGCCAAGCUAGGAGCGAGAGUUGGACUGUUGGACGGUGAUAUUUUUGGACCCAGCAUUCCACUGAUGAUGAACCUCCACAGCGAGCCUCGUGUCAAUGACAAGAACAUAAUGAUACCGCCACAGAACUACAAUGUGAAGUGUCUUUCUAUGGGCAUGCUUACUCCACCUGAUGGUGCGAUUAUAUGGCGCGGCCCGCUGGUCAUGUCAGCCAUACAGCGUCUACUCAAGGGUGCCGAUUGGAGUCCAUUGGAUGUGCUGGUCAUAGACACUCCGCCCGGCACUGGAGAUGUGCAUCUGUCAUUAACACAACACACCCCCAUCACUGGUGUCCUGUUAGUCAGCACUCCGCACAAGGCAGCCAUCGAUGUAACAAUUCGUGGCGCUGAAAUGUACCACAAACUAAAAGUACCUAUCUUUGGCUUGGUCGAAAAUAUGCGUUACUCCAUAUGUGACAACUGCAAUCAUCGUAUCGAGUUUUUCAAGCAACUAACAGGAACAUUACACCAGAAGCUGCCAGAGACGCUCAUCUCAUUGCCACUAGACUCACAUAUAGCUGAAUGUGGUGAAUCGGGCACACCUGUUGUUAUAAAGCAUCCAGACUCUGAACACGCAAAGCUCUUCCAUAAGCUUGCGCUUCAGAUUUGGAGUACAUUGCAAGAAAGAGAAGACACUAAUGAAACAGCUAAAGAUUCGAAAAUAAAGUAAUAUUGGAAUAUUGACUGCA